CAUUCACAUAUCACAUUUUUCUUUUUACAUUAAUUCACAAACUAGGCUUGUUUGAGAGAAGAAAAAAUGGUCUCCACUGCAUCCUUCUCGCACCACCAUGCAGCACACUCUGCACCCUCUAGAUCAUCAUCAUCAUCUCAAUGCCACGUGUCAAACAUCAAGCCAACCCAGCUGGUUUGCCGUGCACUGAAGCAAGGUGCUCAAGAAGAUGAUAGCAUUGUUGCGUCUCGGCGGUUGGUUCUCAGUCUGCUCAUCGGUGCUGCAGCUGUUGGCUCCAAGGUUUCACCUGCCGAUGCUGCUUAUGGCGAAGCUGCCAAUGUGUUUGGUAAGCCAAAGAGCAACACAGACUUCUUGCCGUACAAUGGAGAUGGAUUCAAGCUGUCAAUCCCCUCAAAAUGGAACCCAAGCAAAGAAGUAGAAUACCCUGGACAAGUUCUAAGAUAUGAAGACAACUUUGAUUCUACCAGUAAUGUUUCUGUCAUGGUCACCCCAACUGAUAAGAAAUCCAUCACUGAUUACGGUUCCCCUGAGAAAUUUCUCGCGAAGGUGGACUAUUUGCUGGGAAAACAAGCCUUCUUUGGCAAAACUUCUUCUGAGGGUGGUUUUGAAUACGACGCCGUAGCUACUGCAAACAUAUUGGAGAGCGCAACCCUAGUGAUUGGUGGGAAACAGUAUUACACACUGUCAGUAUUGACAAGAACUGCUGAUGGAGAUGAAGGGGGGAAACAUCAGUUAAUUACAGCCACUGUUAAAGAUGGUAAGCUUUACAUUUGCAAGGCACAAGCUAGAGACAAGAGUUGGUUUAAGGGUGCAAGAAGAUUCGUGGAGAGCACUGCAAGUUCUUUAAGUGUUGCUUAAGAAUUUAUGGGAAACUUCUAUUUUUGUGUAACUCAAGUUUUUGAGUUGUCUAGUUCAAUCUUCUUCCAAGGGUUUUGAGGUCUUAAUUGAGGGAUGUGGUUGCAAAAAUCUCGUGGAUAUUUGAGUA